GAGGUGGCGAGUGAGUGAGGGAGUGAGUGCGUGAGCGAGUCCCCGGCGCGGCUUCGGUUCAGUCCAGCAGGUGCCGCCAAUGAGUGAGAGUGAGUACAUGCUGCCUCACUUGGUUCCGCGCUUUACGGUGCAUUGCUAACCACGAUUUGCUCCUUGCCGUGUGAGAAAACGGACUUCGAAGUGUGAGUGGUGAUCGUCUUGUGAACCCCAGCGGCGGCCUCGUGUUAACCAUGCUGACCUACUGGAGGCUGGCGGCGGUGGUGGUGGUGAUGGUGGUGAUGCAAGGCCACACCGAGGCGAUGCUCGAACGGCCGCCUCUUGUCGUGCCGGGGGAUGCUGUUAUUGGUGUGGUAGCGGACCUUCACGGGCGCGCGGGGCCUGACGGAGGCUGUGGCGCCGUGCAGCCCCGGGCCGUGGAGCAGGUGCUGGCGGCACAGUGGGCGCUGGACACCAUCAACAACCAGUCUGAGCACGACUACAUUAUCGGUAUGCGUGUGUAUGACGCGUGUGGGGACGAGGGCGAGGCUGUGCGACAGACGUUACGCCUCCGACAGGACACGAUGGCCCCUAACGCGCCGCUUCUUGGUGUGGUGGCCCUAGGCUCCAGCCGGAUAGUGUCUGCAACAGCUCUGUCACUCCAUUCCUUCAAGACGCCCACCCUCAUCACUGAUGCCCGUACUGCCCACACCACCAAGCCUGCUGACAACCUCUUCUCCACAGCACCUCACCUCACUGACCAGCUGCAGGCAGUUCUUUUGGCUGCUGAGCAUCUAGGAGGUGAAGUUGCAGGAAUGAGUGUGGUGUCCAGCUUCACCCAUGCAUCUGACAUGCUGCAGCAGUUGGCCUUGCAAGGCAGCCCGAGGCUUCUGCACUUGCUGAAAGUUGAUGCUGAGCCUGACCUGACCAAGAAAAUAAUGCACUUCAUAAGCAACAAUGUGAGUUUUGGUGGGGUGGUGGUGCUGCUGCUCAGAUCUGCAGAGCUCAGUGUGUUCAUCUCAGAAGUGGACGAACAAGUAGUAAAGAAGACUGGCCUGAGAUGGGUCCUCUCAACUCUUGGGGAAGAAUCUCUUGCCAGGGAACUCAUUGAAAAAGGGAUCAGGAAGAAAUUUACUGGUUCUCUCCUAGUAGAGUCCCACUCACCUGUCACCCCAGUCUUCAGCCAGUACUUUGCUGAAGCUGUCCUCAACAAGACAUCUGUGGUAGCCCCUCUUGCCCAGCAGUACAUGGACACUAUAGCACACUGUGACUCAGAGGUUCUCAGUGUCUCAGCUUCACCCUGUGUGGGUAAGGAGGAGCUGGCAAGGCUGGUGCAGGGCUCCACCGUUACUGCCACUGUCAGUGCCGUGUCAUCCCUGGCUGCUGCCUUCCGUCGAGUGCAGAUCAAGAAAUGCUCCGAAGGUGUGCACUGCCUGGAGGUGCUGUGGCAUGACCUGCAUCAAGAUGUGCUGCAAGAAUUACUGAAGCUGCCGUGUACUGAUGGUACUGACCGGAUCUGCUACAUAGCCAACAGACUCAACAACUUUUUCAUCAUUGUACAGAUCACUCCUCAUGAAUUGCGUGAGGUAGGAACAUACUGUGAGGACACAGGAAUGGAGUGGGCCAGUGGAGAAACUAUAAACUUUGAUAAAGGAGAGAAACAUCAUAGAGGAGUUGCCCUGAGCCUGGUGGCACAGCAAGCAAGAAGGCACAAGACUGUGAUAAAGGCUGAACUGGUCACCCAUGAGGACUAUGUGAGGCGCACCUGGGCCUUCUCAGUGCUGGUGACAGCCUGCCUAGGGGUGGUGGCAUCCCUGUACAUCACUGUGUACGUGGCACUACGGGUGUGCGAUGGCACUCUCCAGGGACCACAGGUGCUAGGGACGCUGCUCCUGAUGGGUGUGAUGGGAGUGUUUUCCUCCUGUGUGGUGUAUGUGUUGCCGCCGUCUGCCAUCACCUGUUCUGUCCGGCAGUGGGCACCCACCCUGUGCCUGGCACUGUGCUAUGGCGUGCUGCUGGUGAAGGCAAUGCAACUCAGAGCCCUGGUGUCUGUUGGUGCUGAGGGAAAGGUAUCUCAAGUGAAUCUACACAUCACCCUGUUGUUUAUCCUGGGUGUACAAAUUGCACUGUGUCUGCUGGGGCAUGCCGGCGGCCUGAGUGUCGGGGAGGAUCCUCUGGUGAGAGUUGAGCCAAGUGGGGGUCGGCUGUGUGGCAAGAAGCACUUUGCCACACUGGCCACAAGGGUGUACCUGCUCUUCUUGCUGCUGCUGUGCCUUGUCCUGUCUACUCUGAACCGCAAGAUUCAGAGGAACCACAAUGAGGGACACUGGCUGCUGCUGACGUCCUGUGUGUCGGUGCCAGUGGUGGUGGCGUGGUCCAUCAUGAGCUACCUGGCACCUCUCUCCCUGGAGGCCCCCACCACCAGUGUGGCACUGCUCAUCCUUGCCUCACUCAUACUCGGACUUCUCUUCAUUCCAAAAAUGAGAAUCAUUGCCCAGCAAGCAAAGAAAUUCAGACACAAGCGAUUGGCAGCGGCAACAUCAGUCUCCACAGUCCUGAGCCAGAUAGAAGACGGAUCAGUAGUCGGGGUGCCGGUCCUGCAAGACACCCUGAAGCAGCUUCGUAAUGGCAGCCCACAGCACAACCACCAGGAUGCAGCAGGAUCAGUCAGGUCAUCUAUUGCCUCACAGAAUAAUUACCGAGCCGCCUUUAGUGCAGUGUAUGGAUUCCCACAGCCUUCUCCAUUGAGCAGCCCAAGCCGUGUCCUGAGAAACCCCAUUCAUGAUGCUUCCAAAGGAGCUUAUCCUUGAGAUCUCAGUAAUGUUGCAGUAUUGUGGGAACCAGUGUUUCAUUUACUCACUGCCAGUGGCGGAUUUAUGAUAUAUGGGGCCCUAGGCCAGUGGUCUUUCAUAUUACUUUAUUUUAAAUGUUUUUCACUAUCAUUUCACAUUAUUUUGGUUGAAAUUUGUAGAAUGUUGCAGCAUAUGUAAUGUAACAAUAAUGUAGCACCAUUAGGGAUGCAGGGCCCCAAGCCAUGGCCUACUCUGUUACCUUCCCCAAGUCCACUGCUGCUCUUUGCAAUCAGUAUUCAGAAAGAGUUGUAGCCACUACAAGUAUGAUCAGUUACCAGUGUGUGUGUGUGUGUGUGUGUGUGUGUGUGUGUGUUCUGGAGCUGUAACUAGGGAGUUAAGGAGAGCUGCUUCCUAGUGAAAGCUUGUGUUGUAGCUUUUAGUAUAGUAUAUUUUUAUGUUUUCCAUAUGAGCCUCCUAUACUGCACAAAACUUAUCAUAAUAAUAAGAUGUAAUAAUAAUUAUAUAUUUCUUUGUUUCCUUAUAACUUGUCCUUUCCAGCACAUAAGAUGUAAUCCAAGAAAGAUGUGGAAGUAGAAAAGUUGGCAGAACUAAAACUGAAGGGAUAUCACAUUUUGCUCCCAAGUUGGAGCAUGAGAGCUUAUUAAAACUUUUCAUUGCUUUCCUUCAUCAUUUUUUAUUUAUACUAUCUUUAUAUUUUACCAUAAUUGCUAUUCUAAUGGACAUACAGUGGUUUGACUUAGCCAUUCCACAAGAAAUUCAGUGAUGUCAUCCCCAUUAAGACUCAUAAUUACAACCCCAUCUAUCCAAGAUGUUACAUACCUGAGUAUCUGUGUACUGUAGUGUGUAUAGUUGAUCACAAUGAGCUUGCAGCCAGAUGUCUUACUGAUGAUAUCUACUUAGUGCACUGGUGACUGGAAUCAUGUAUUGGUGAACCCAGUCUCCACUUCUAAGAUCUAAAUAGAAAAAGAAAUGUGAGAAUAGGACAUUUCAUCUGUAGUGCUGCUAGAAAUCCUGCAUGUCCUUAUGAUAGGUGCAGUGAUAGAACAAAUGUGUGUAGUCAUUCAUAACAUUAAGUUCUUACAUGUCAGGGCACAUGGCCAGGCUUUUGUGGCUGGUGUGGAGGAACAUUCCCUUUGUACUCCAUGUAUCUUCCAAGGUGACUUGAAAUGAUGGAACUAAAAGAUUGAAAAUUC